CGCGCCUCCCUACCCCUCCCCCGGCUAAGAGGCGCAGCGUGGGAACGGGAUGGGGGAGAGGCAGCCGGAGGGCGAGCGGCGGCGUGAGCAGUAAGCUGGCACCGGGGAAUCGCCACCCACCCAGGCGGGCUGCAGGCGGACGGACGGAGCCUUCCUUUGCCAUCUUUGCCGGGAGCAUGAAGCGUGCGCACCAGGAGUACAGCUCUUCCGACAGCGAGGAGCUGGAUGAGCCCAUCGAAGUGGAGAAGGAGAGCGCGGACGAGAAUGGAAACCUGAGUUCUGCUCCGGGUUCAAUGUCUCCAACCACCACUUCCCAGGUCCUGGCUAGGAAAAGGCGUAGAGGCAUAAUUGAGAAGCGCCGUCGCGAUCGGAUCAACAACAGCCUGUCAGAACUGAGGAGGUUGGUGCCCAGCGCGUUUGAAAAGCAGGGAUCUGCCAAAUUGGAAAAAGCUGAAAUCCUGCAGAUGACAGUGGAUCAUCUGAAAAUGUUGCACACUGCAGGAGGCAAAGGCUACUUUGAUGCCCAUGCUCUUGCUAUGGACUAUCGGAGUCUAGGUUUUCGAGAGUGCUUGGCUGAAGUAGCCCGCUACCUCAGCAUUAUCGAAGGUCUGGACACUUCUGAUCCUCUCCGUGUGCGUCUCGUGUCUCACCUGAAUAAUUAUGCCUCUCAGCGGGAAGCAGCAAGUAGUUCCCAUACCGGGCUUGGACACAUUCCUUGGGGCAGUGCCUUUGGACAUCACCCCCACAUCUCCCACCCAUUACUACUGCCUCAGAAUGGGCAUACUACUACGAAUGGCGCAGCAACAUCCUCAGAAGUCCAUCACCAGAGCAGAAUUACUGCUCCUCAUGCUGAAUCGUCUUCACUGAGAGCACCCCCUAACGGCAGCAUUGGACCAGUGCUUCCUGUAGUCACAUCAGCUUCUAAGAUCUCUCCUCCCUUGCUGUCUUCCAUGGCCUCCCUGUCUGCGUUCCCCUUUUCAUUCAGCUCGUUCCACUUGUUGUCCCCUAGUGCCCUCAGUUCAUCUACACCAGCACAGCCAACCAGCCUUGGCAAACCCUACAGACCAUGGGGAACUGAAAUUGGUGCUUUUUAAGAACUAGCAAAGGGCAGAGAGAGUGUAAAUAUCCAGCUGAGCUGGGGAGUUUCCAACUUCUGUUUUAAAACUCUUUAAUAGGUUAAGAUGAAAGGUACAGUUUCAGUUUUAACAAAGAUUAUACAAAAAAGUGCCCCCCCUACUCUCUGUAGGAGUAAUCUGUUAAAAAAUAGUUGCUGGAAGUUUAUCUAAAUUUUUAAAUCAUACCAGAUACUACUUUUAAAAAUAGAAUUGUGCUGAAGAUUUCAUUUAUUUUGUGAGUGGGUUUUUUUAAUGAUCCCAUUUCUCUGAGAACACUGGAUCUUUUUAUUUUUUAAAAAUAGAAUUUUUAGCAACUUAUAAUUUCUUUUAUCUUUCAAAAGCCACAUUUUUUGCAGUCUUAGCACACUUUUUUGUUCUGUUAAUAUGUGAUAUUGAGAUAUUUUGCAAGGAGAAAAUCAUUUAUAAAUUUAUGUUCUGACUAUUUUAUAUUUCUGAGCAAAAGCGUUGACAAAUCAGAUGGACCAAAAAGAAUAGAAAUGGUGACUGCUGCACCCAGUCAGUCUACCUUAAGGCUUUGUUCUGUUCUCCAAGAGGCAUCUCCCAUAACUUUAAUUUUUUUUUCUGUGUCACAUGGUGGUUUCCUCUAUCCCACCCCAGCAAAUUUCCACAAGAAAGGUUACAGGCUAAGGUCCUAAAAGCCCUUAUAUUUGAACAUUGUGUGCCUCAUCUCCAUGUUUUUAAUGUUAGAAUUUUGUGGAUUGUGUAAAGUUUUAGGGAGUGCACAAUGAUUGCCUUAUUUCUGCAUUGUAGAAGUGCUUCCUUUGGUCUAAUUAUUGGCUGCAUCUUCAUUUGAACUUGCUGUAAGAAAGAUUGUGAGGUUUCAGCCAGGAGAGAACCUCUUUAAUCAGUAAAGUAGGGCAUUAAUUGUACAAUUCUAAGCAGAGUUGUAUGUGUGUAAACUGCUGUCAAGUUACAACGUACUUACAGCAACCCCAUAGUGUUUUUAAGGCAAGAAACAAACAAGUGGCUUGCCAUUGCCUGCUUCUGUGAAGUGACCCUGGACUUCCAUGUUGGUCUCCCAUCCAAGUACUAACCAGGGCUGACUCUGCUUAGCAUCCAAGGUCUGGCGAGACUGUGGAUUUAGAAGGCUGUAACUCUUUCUAGGACUGCACUGUUAAGUUCCCCACUUUAUGGGUGAACUUGAAGCUCCUCAGCAUCCUUCGGGUUGCAGCCUAGCAAUUCUGGUUUUAGAACCAUGUGCUCUAUGAAGCUGCAAGGCCGUGAUGUGGCUAGUAAUAGAAUUGGAUGGUGGCUGUGAGAACAGUUUUCACCAUUGCAUGAAAAAAAUGGGAAGGUGUGAUCGAAGCAAAUCCAGAAAGCUUCCCCUAGCUGAAUGCCACUGGAAACCUCACUUAACAGCAGGGGUCCUUUCCAGGUUGCCUUGUUCAUGUUUCUUAACCCAACACAUCUAUUACCCUACAGUGUUCUGUGGCUUACAAAUCUUCUUUUCUUUAGUGCUUCAUAUGUACUAGCAAAAGGCAGAGAGGAAUAUAAAUAUUCAGCUGAAUGUGAGGAGUUUCCUGAAGGGAGAAAAAUGGAAGAGAGGGAGUGGCUAAUUUUGCAUUUAAAAGUACAACCAAAAUGAUGAGUCAAUCAUUUUAACAUAUUUGUAUUGGCCUAAAUCUGCACAACUGAUUUCUCUUCUAUAGUAGUUCUCACAUCACAGAAUUUAGGACCUUGUAUUGCAGGGUUCCUGUACCUCUCCAUUGAUAGAUGGACAAACAUCUACAAACCAGUUAUUUUAGUGACCAGUUAUGCCAGGUACUGUGUUGAGCUGUUAUAGUCGGUGCAACAAGGAGUCUUGUGGUGCUUCUAGACUGACUGAUUUGAAAUGUCAGGCAUGGGCUCAGUACAGGAAAUGGCCAGCUCAGUACAGAAAAUCUUUCCUUGCGGGUUACUGAAUGCUUUUCAUUUGGCUUUGCUGCUUCAUCAUCUGUUGGGAAUGGCUCUGAUUAGACUGUUUGCACCCUUGAUGAGGUCUUGUUUUCAUUUGUGUUCUGGCGAGUAACACCAACUCGCCAGAACUUCGGGGCCCUUCCGGCUGAGCUUUGUAAUAUUUCAUCCCACCCUCUUUUUCUGUUUGUACCCAUGUAUAUAUUUCUGCCAGGUAACUGAUGAUUGUACUUCACGCAUUUGAAGAAGUAGGCUCUGACAUUUGAAAACUUAUGCCACAAUAAAUGUAUUAGUCUUAAAAUGCCACCUGACUUAUUUUAAUACCUAUACUAAUACAGACAGUAUUUACCGACUUCCCCACUGCAUUUCCAUUGAGGGUAACAUGAAGGAGAUUCCUCAGAUUGGAAAGAUCUCUUGUAUAUAUUUUGGGUUGGUUUCUUAAGAAUCGGUUCUGCUCAAAUGUGUUCCUUAAUGGCUACUCUGAAGUGGUUUCCACUGGAUUGGACUUCAGUAUUUGUGUUG